AUGAAGUUCGUCGUCGCUGUGGUGUCCGUCAUGGUCUGCUCUGCCAUGGCCCAGGUGCCUCUCCUUGGUAAAGGAGUUGGAACUUUCGGCGUUGGCUUCAACAAUGGACAUAUUGCUGGUAAAGGCUAUGGCUACAACCCAUACAAUAACUAUGGCUACAGUGGAUACGGUAACGGUAAAGGUGUUGGCAACGUUGGUGUUGUUGGUACAGGCUAUGGCUACAACCCCUACAACAACAACUAUGGGUACAACGGCUAUGGUUACGGUAAAGGCGUUGGUAACUUUGGUGCCGGCAAAGCUUACGGUAACGACUAUAAGCCCUACAACUACAACAACAUCUACGGCAAAGGUGUUGGCACAUUCGCAGCUGGACGAGGAGCUGGUCUUGUAGGACACGCACCUUUCGUUGGACACAGCCCCUUCAAUGCUGGACACGGCCUUUACGGACAUGAUGGCAGCUUUUCUGGACAGGGACCUUUCGUCGGAAACGGUGUUUAUGGACAUGGUUGA